AUGGAUAGGUGGAUCUUCUUGCUAAUGGCAAUUCCAUACGUUGUGGGGCAAAAUGAAGAGUUAUACAAACUAAACAUUAUACAUUACAAUGACUUUCAUGCGCAUUUCGACGAAAUAUCCCAAUCAGGCGGGACGUGUAUGCCCGAUGAAAACAAUUGUAUAGGCGGCCUAUCCCGGCUGUAUACCGGGAUCAAAGAGGCUCUUGAAGUUGAACGGGAUUCUCUGCUACUAAACGGCGGAGACACUUUCCAGGGAACAGUCUGGUACAACUUUAUGCGGUGGAAUGUGUCGCAGCAUUUUAUGAACUUACUUCCAAAACAUGACGCGCAUGUACUAGGAAACCAUGAGUUCGACCACGGCAUUGAGGGACUGUUGCCAUACCUUGAACGCCUAGAAGCUCCAAUGCUGGGUGCCAACGUAAACACAACGUUUGAACCAGAAAUGGCCAAAUAUGUCCAGAACCACGUUGUCGUUGAACGGAAUAACCGCAAAAUCGGCAUUAUCGGAGUAUUGCUCACAAAGUUCACAGCUGAUAUUGGACAACUUAUAAUUGAAGAUGAAUUGGAAGCAAUCAACCGUGAAGCAGCAAUUCUGGCAGAACAAAAUAUCGACAUUAUCAUAGUCCUCUCUCAUAUGGGCUACUUUACUGAUCAGGAACUGGCAGCAAGAAUGUCAACUGACGUGGAUAUCAUAGUGGGGGCACACACUCACACAUUGCUUUACACCGGCAGUGCUCCAUUUGGUACACCUGGUGGGAAGUACCCUACUGUGGUCAAACAGGAUAACGGGCACCAGAUUUUAAUUGUCCAAGCAUCUUCUUACACUCGGUACUUGGGGAACAUAAAGCUGUUUUUUGACACAGAAGGUAAAAUCAUUUCGUGGGAAGGUCAACCUGUAUACCUCGGGACUUCUAUAGUCAAGGAUACCCGCAUGGAAGACUUACUUGAUUCAUGGCGAGCAGAAUUGUACCCGCAAAGUCGUGAGGUUUUAGGCAGGUCCCUGGUGCCCUUGCGUCGCAAUUCCUGCUAUGGGGGAGAGUGCAAUCUAGGCAGUUGGGUCUGUGACGCCUUCCUGGAACAGAUGUUAUCAAGAGCCAGUGGUAAUAAAUGGAACUACGCACACCUCUGUCUCCUGGGUUCGGGAGGUCUACGAGCAAAUAUCAAUCCUGGAGAUGUAACAACAGAGGGCUUACUGAUGGCCCUUCCGUUCGAGAACAAGCUGCAAUCUUUUGACGUGAAAGGAAAGUUUCUUCUAGAAGCACUAGAGCAUUCUGUAUCAGCAGCACAAGACGAUCCCACCGAUUUCUAUGCUUAUAGGAUGUUGCAAAUUGGAGGUAUGCGCAAUGUCAUCAACGCAACUGCUCCCAGUGGUUCCAGGAUAAUUUCAUCUUCUGUUCGUUGUACUGAGUGUGAGGUGCCUCGCUAUUCUCCAGUUGAACCAGAGGCCACCUACACAGUGAUUACUCAGAACUACCUUGGCAAUGGUGGGGGCGGAUUUUCGAUGUUAACUGACAACAGACAAAAUAUACAAGAAUUCGAAAUUGACUACGUCGCCUUACAACAACAUAUGCGAAAGACGCAAAUAUUCCUUCAAGACCUAGACGGGAGGAUACAAGUUGUUUACUCAUAA